AUGGAAAACCACUUUGGCUCCCUGGAGACAAACAACUUCCACCCUUUUACUCCUGAAUCUCUGGAAGCCAUUGAAAGGCUGAUUGCAUACGAGAAACUUCAGAAGGUGGAGGAGAAGGAACAUGAGGAAGAGGAGAAGAAAGAGUCAGAGGCCAAAGUUGAGAAGCCCCGACCCCAAUUGGACCUAAAAGCCUAUAACCAGUUGCCCAAGUUCUAUGGCGAGCUUCCCCCAGAAUUGGUAGGGGAGCCACUGGAGGACCUGGACCCCUUUUACAGAAAUCGCAGGACAUUUAUAGUCCUAAACAAGGGGAGGACCAUCUUCCGGUUCAGUGCAACACGGGCUUUGGGGCUGCUCAGUCCUUUCCAUCCUGUCAGGAGAAUCGCCAUCAAAAUAUCGGUCCAUUCCCUGUUCAGUUUCCUCAUCAUGGUGACGAUUAUGGUCAACUGUGUGUUUAUGACCCAGAGUGAAACCCCACGGACUGUUGAAUAUGUCUUCACAGGUAUUUACACAUUUGAAUCCUUAAUAAAAAUAGUGGCCCGAGGAUUUUGUCUGAAUGAAUUCACCUACCUUCGAGAUCCAUGGAAUUGGCUGGAUUUUAGUGUAAUUUCCCUGGCGUACAUCGCUGAAGUUAUACCCCUACAUGGAGUUUCAGCUCUAAGAACUUUCAGAGUAUUCCGGGCUCUGAAAACAGUUUCAGUAAUCCCAGGUUUAAAGGUCAUCGUGGGUGCCCUGAUCCACUCCGUGAAGAAGCUUGCAGAUGUCAUGAUACUGACGGUCUUCUGCCUCAGUGUCUUUGCUCUUGUGGCCUUGCAGCUCUUUAAGGGCAAUCUCAGGCACAAAUGCACUAAGAACUGCACGUUCUUUAAUGUGACCAGUGAUCCCUAUGGCGAAAACAAGGAGUGGGAUUUCUGCAAAAAUGACUCCGGUAAAUCUUCUGUGUAUUUGAAGCCUGGCACAAAGGAUCACCUACUCUGUGGCAAUGGCUCCGAAGCCGGGAGCUGUCCCAAAGGCUAUUUCUGCCUAAAGACAGGAAGAAAUCCCGAUUUUGACUACACCAGUUUCGACUCCUUUGGCUGGGCUUUCCUGGCCCUGUUCCGCCUGAUGACACAGGAUUACUGGGAGCGGCUCUACCAGCAGACGCUGAGAGCAUCUGGGAAAAUUUACAUGCUCUUUUUCGUGCUAGUCAUUUUCCUGGGAUCCUUCUAUCUGGUCAACUUGAUCCUGGCAGUUGUGACCAUGGCUUAUGAAGAGCAGAAUGUAGCCACAAUGGCUGAAAUAGAAGCAAAGGAAAAGAAGUUUCAGGAGGCCCUUGAGAUGCUCAGGAAAGAGCAGGAGGUCCUGGCUGCCAUGGGGAUUGACACGGGCUCACUUCUUUCCUUUGAAAUGUCACCCCUAGCCUCCAAAAAUGCCAAAGAAAGAAGAAACAAGAUGAAUCAAAGGAAAUCUGAUGAUUCCAUGGAGGAUGCCAGCUACCACCACCCGAGAAAGACGUCUUUCCUUAGCAUUAACUAUGGCAAUUCAGGCAAGAGAAGGUACAGCUAUGGAAACUUUAAUCUCAAGAGUCAAGAUGGUCUGGACUCUGUCUUUACCGAUGAUGAGAAAAUCACCAAUAAGGAGAAUGAGAGUCGUCGAGGGUCCUUGCUUUUGUCACAUAUGGGGCGGCGCAUGAGUAUGCAAAACCAAAGGAUUGCCUCAUCUCAACCUCCCAUGCCCACCUCCAGGCAGGAUGGCAAAGAGCCAAGCAACCCUGGAGAAUGCAACGGGAAGCCUUCUUUGUUUGGUGGAGACCCUACUUCUGGGAAUGUCACAUCCUCAGGGGUGACUGAAACAUCUGAAAAAGUAGAUAUGACUUCUGAAGAAGGCAGAAAGAAGAAUGCACUGGCAGCUCACACCUUGUCUGCAGAGUAUUUUGAUGAACCAUUCCGAGUGAAAAGGGCAGUGAGUGUAGUCAGUAUCAUUACUUCUGUCCUCGAGGAACUUGAAGAAUCUGAGCAGAGGUGCCCCCCUUGCUGGAUCCGCUUUGCUCGGAAGUAUCUGAUUUGGGAAUGCUGUGAGCCCUGGGUGAAGUUCAAGGAUCUGAUAUCAAAUAUCGUGAUGGACCCUUUCACAGAGCUCGUCGUCACCCUCUGCAUUGUGACCAACACCCUGUUCAUGUCCAUGGAACACUAUAAUAUGACCUCAUCCUUUUCUUCGAUGCUCCAAAUGGGCAACAUAUUCUUCACAGUGAUUUUCACUGCUGAGAUGGUGCUCAAGAUCAUCGCCUUACAUCCCUACUAUUACUUCCAAAGGAGUUGGAAUAUCUUUGACAGCAUCAUUGUCACCUUGAGCCUGGUGGAGCUGGGUCUGCCCCAAAAAGCAAGCUUGUCAGUGCUCCGCUCCUUCAGGCUGCUGAGGGUCUUCAAGCUGGCCAAGUCCUGGCCGACCUUGAACAACCUCAUCAAGAUCAUUGGCAACUCCGUGGGGGCUUUGGGCAACCUCACCCUGAUCCUGGCCAUCAUCGUCUUCAUCUUUGCCGUGAUUGGAAUGCAGCUGUUUGGGAGCAACUAUGAAAAAUUCCGUGAUCCUGACACAGGGCACCUGCCUCGCUGGCAUAUGAAGGACUUCUUCCAUUCUUUUCUCAUUGUAUUCCGAAUCCUCUGUGGGGAAUGGAUUGAGACUAUGUGGGACUGUAUGGAAGCAUCUGGGGUAUACAUGUGCCUCAUCGUCUUCUUAAUGGUGAUGGUGCUAGGGAACCUGGUGGUCCUAAACUUGUUCAUUGCCUUGCUGCUGAAUUCCUUCAGUGCUGACAACCUCGCCUCAGAAGAUGAUGGAGAACUGAACAACCUGCAGGUAGCCCUUGCCAGGAUUCAGAAGUUUCUGCAUCUCACAGUGCAGGCCAUUCGGGACUUCUGGAGCAGAAAGCUCAGGGCUUCGAAGGCUAAAGAGGAGAAGCAGAAGGCGCUGGUGAAAAUGGCCCUCUCAGAAUCUGGGGCCCCAAACCAUGUGGCUGCCCAAGUGCUCACCACUGUUGGGAGUGUCAAAGACAACCCAGCUCCCAAUGGGCUGGCCUUGGAGUUGACCGAGUGCCCCAUCAAUGACCCUGUAAACUUCAUGACCAACAGCAACAUGGAGAUCUCAGUCCCGAUGGCUGUGGCAGAAUCUGAUAUUGAAGAUGAGGAGGAGGAGGAGGAGGAGGAGGAUCCAGAUGGGAAGGAAUCAAAAGGAGAUGUCACGAGUUGCUCUGAAGGCAGCACUGUGGACAUCCAUGAUCCAGAGAUAAUACUAAAGAAAAUCACAGAUCUUAGUGAGAACUUGGAGGAACCUGAGGAUUGCUUCACAGAGGACUGUGUUCGGCUCUGUCCCUGCUGCACUGUGGACACAGGAAGGUUUCCUGGAUCUGUCUUCUGGAACCUGAGAAAAACCUGCUAUCGUAUUGUAGAACACAAUUGGUUUGAGAGUUUUAUCAUCUUUAUGAUUCUGCUGAGCAGCGGAGCCCUGGCUUUUGAAGACAUCUAUCUGGAGAACAGGCGCACACUGAGGAACAUCCUGGACUUUGCUGAUCUGGUGUUCACUUACAUCUUUAUCCUCGAGAUGCUGCUGAAGUGGGUGGCCUAUGGCUUCAAGACCUACUUCACCAAUGCCUGGUGCUGGCUGGACUUCCUCAUCGUGGAUGUUUCAAUGAUAAGCCUCAUAGCACAUACACUUGGCUACGAUGACAUUGGUCCCAUUAAAUCCCUCCGGACGCUCCGGGCACUGAGACCCCUGAGAGCACUGUCACGAUUUGAAGGCAUGAGGGUGGUUGUAGAUGCCCUGGUUGGUGCAAUCCCUUCCAUCAUGAAUGUCCUUCUGGUUUGUCUUAUCUUCUGGCUCAUUUUCAGCAUCAUGGGAGUGAAUCUCUUUUCAGGAAAAUUUAGCAGAUGCGUUAACAUCACCCUGGAAGACUUCACCCCUGUGGAUGUGUCCAUUGCCAAUAACAGGAGCCAAUGUGAUGACCAGAAUAGCUCAGGUCUCUUCUGGGACACUGUGAAAGUCAACUUUAAUAAUGUGGGAAUAGGUUACCUUGCUCUCCUGCAGGUGGCAACAUUUAAAGGGUGGAUGGACAUCAUGUAUGCUGCUGUGGAUUCCCGGAAGCAAGAGGAGCAGCCCCAGUGGGAGGCCAACGUGUACAUGUACCUAUAUUUUGUCAUCUUCAUCAUCUUCGGGGGCUUCUUCACACUGAACCUCUUUGUUGGAGUCAUAAUCGACAAUUUCAAUCAACAAAAGAAAAAGAUAAGUGGUCAAGACAUAUUCAUGACUGAAGAACAGAAGAAAUAUUAUAAUGCCAUGAAAAAACUAGGAUCCAAGAAACCUCAAAAACCAAUCCCAAGACCUCCGAACAAAUACCAAGGCUUCGUGUUUGAUAUUGUAACCAAACAAGCCUUUGACGUGGCCAUCAUGGUCCUCAUCUGCCUUAAUAUGAUCACCAUGAUGGUAGAAACAGAUAACCAGAGUGAGGAGAAGACCAGAAUCCUCAACCGGAUCAACCAGUUCUUCGUUGCUGUCUUCGCAGCAGAGUGUGUCCUGAAGAUGUUUGCCCUGAGACAUUACUAUUUCAUCAAUGGGUGGAAUAUCUUUGAUUUAAUUGUUGUGAUCCUCUCAGUUGCAAGCUUGGUAUUUUCGGGCAUUAUGAAGUCGCUUGAAAGUUAUUUUUCGCCUACGCUCUUCAGAGUCAUCCGCCUGGCCCGGAUCGGCCGCAUCCUCCGGCUGAUCCGAGCGGCAAAAGGGAUUCGCACGCUGCUUUUUGCCCUCAUGAUGUCCCUCCCUGCCCUCUUCAACAUCGGCCUGCUGCUCUUCCUGGUCAUGUUCAUCUACUCCAUCUUCGGCAUGGCCAAUUUCGCCUACGUGAAGCAGGAGGCCGGGAUUGACGAUAUGUUCAACUUCCAGACUUUCGCCAACAGCAUGCUCUGCCUCUUCCAGAUCACCACAUCUGCUGGUUGGGACGGGCUCCUCAGCCCCAUCCUCAACACCGGGAAGCCGUACUGUGACCCAGAUGCAGGAAGCACCAAUAAGACCCGAGGAAACUGUGGAAACCCCACAAUAGGGAUCGCCUUCUUUGUCAGUUACAUCAUCAUCUCCUUCCUGAUCGUGAUCAAUAUGUACAUCGCCGUCAUCCUCGAGAACUUCAACGUGGCCACAGAAGAGAGCGCGGAGCCAUUGAGUGAGGAUGAUUUCGACAUGUUCUACGAGACCUGGGAGAAGUUCGACCCGGAGGCCACUCAAUUCAUUAAGUUUUCAGCUCUUUCAGAUUUUGCAGAUGCUCUGACAGGACCACUGCGCAUUCCAAAACCCAACCAGAAUGUACUCAUCCAGAUGGACCUGCCUUUGGUCACAGGGGACAAGAUUCACUGUUUAGACAUCUUAUUUACCUUUACCAAGAGAGUGCUGGGAGAAUCUGGGGAGAUGGACACACUGAAGGCCCAGAUGGAGGAAAAGUUCAUGGCUGCUAAUCCUUCUAAAGAUUCUUAUGAACCAAUUGCAACUACUCUGAGAUCAAAACAGGAAAAUCUGUCUGCUGUCAUCAUACAAAGGGCCUACAGAAAUUACCUCAUGCACCACUCCUUAAGACAGGUCACCACUGUAUGUCCAAAUGAUGCUGGUGAACGGCCUUGUGUGCAGGCCACUGAAGAUGAAGCCUUGAUUGAAUUCAUGAUGAAGGAAAACAGUGAGCUUCCAGACAAAUCAGAAACUGCUUCGACCAUGUCUUUUCCCCCAUCUUAUGACAGCGUCACCAGAGGGCUCAGUGAGGAAGGCCAACUAGAUACAUCCAACACUGGCCUAAAGGAGGAAGAUGGUAGCUAUGACCAGCUAUCUCAGGACUUGGACAAGGCAUCAUCAAUGUAG